AUGGAGCUGUCCACCUCUGUCUCCCUCUGGGCUUAUGGAUCAGUCUGGCUCUUUUUCUCAUUUCUGGUCUUCUUCAAGUGUUCCAAUUCUGACAUGGUUCUCACCCCUGCCCUGCCGGUGUACUUUGUUCUCCUUGUGCUCUUGGAGUGGUUCUGUCACCUGUAUCUGCCUGUGCUUCUUGGGAUCGUGCUGCUCAGUUCUGCCUGUUGGUAUGUCUUAGGUGUUGCCUCCCCCAGGAGAAUGCUGCCAGUUGCAGGAAAAGCUGUGUUCGUCACAGGGUGUGAUUCCGGAUUUGGGAAUGCUACAGCUCAAAUACUUGACUCCAUGGGUUUCAGAGUGAUCGCUAGUGUGUUGGACCCCGAUAGUCUGGGAGCCAAGGACCUCCAGAAAAAGUGUUCCGAGAGAUUACGAAUUAUACAAAUGGACCUCACCAAGUCAGAAGAUAUCCAGAAAGCUCAGCAAAUAAUCUCAUCAGAGACUGCCGAUACUGGUCUGUGGGCUUUGAUAAAUAAUGCUGGCUAUUGUGCCCACUUUGGAGAUGCCGAGUUGACCCUGCAGUCCACCUACAGAGCCUGCAUGGAGGUAAACUUCUUUGGAACAGUGGAGCUUACCAAGGCUCUUCUACCACUGAUACGCUAUGCCAAAGGAAGGGUUGUAACAGUCAGCAGUCCAGCAGGUGAGAUUUCGUUCCCUUUCUUGGCUGCAUACGGUGCAUCGAAAGCCGCUCUCAGCAGAGUUAUGGACAUAUUUCGUCAUGAACUAUUCCCUUGGGGAGUUAAAGUCUGUGUCAUACAACCAGGAUCCUACAAAACAGGAGCCCAUUAUAACCGAUCUUACUGGGAACAUCAGCAUCAGCAUUUACUGGCCUCGCUCCCCACUGAACUGCUGCAGGAGUACGGGGAGGAAUAUAUUACAGAAACACAAAAUCUUUUCUUAGACUACGGAAAAACAGCCUGCUCAGACUUCAGACCCGUAACAGACAGCAUCACGGACGCAGUCCUGUCGGAGAACCCUAAAGUGAAAUACUAUGCAGGGAAACAAACCUGGCUCCUUUAUCUCAUUUGCGUGUAUCUGCCAGAUUGCAUUAACAACCAGUUUGUCAAAAGUUUGUUCUUGAAAAACAGGUGCAUCCCAAGAGCUCUCAGAAAACAAAUGGCCAACUACCAGCAGGAUUAA